UAAGAGCAUCUGCUUGCCUGGCCCCUCCAGCAUCUCCAGCUAGCAUGUCCCCUAGCCUAGUUCCCAUCCCCAGCUGUACCUAUUCUUCUCAUUUUAUUUAUGCCCUGCCUUUCCUCCUAGGAGCUCAAGGUGGCAUACAUAGUUCUCUCCUGUUCUCCACACAAGAACCCUGUGAGCAGGCUAGAGGUCGUUGAGAAAAUGGGAUAUGAUAUUGAGCGCUUCAUAGGUUACGUGAAUGAAGGUCUCCUGUGCUGCAUCUGCCGAGAUGUGUUGGAAGAUCCCUUGCAGGCUCCUUGCGAACAUGCUUUCUGCACUUCCUGCAUACAUGGGUGGCUUGUUCAUCACAGCAACUGCCCAGAAGAUCGUCAGCCACUUGAUCUGUCUGUCCUUCGACCGCUUUACAGAUACAUGAAGAAUGAUCUCAAUCGACUCCAGAUUCACUGCAGGAACAGAGAGUGUGGCUGUGAAAUGGUGUGUUCACUGGAGUCCAUUGACCGACAUGAACGCGAGUGUGAAUGCAGCCGGGUCCCCUGUUCAAACAGCGGUUGCCCAGCUCGGGUUGAAAGACGUAACUUAGACAGCCACUUGGCCGUGUGUGAAUACAGGAGCCGCGAGUGCCCCAAAGGUUGUGGGUAUGCCAUCCUCAGUGCUGAUGAUGCGCAACAUAACUGUGUGGCAGAGCUGAGAACGGAACUCGAACUGCUCAGGUCAGAGAUGAUCUGCCGGAUGGAAGAGGCAAAACAUGAGAUGGAAUCUCGACUAGAUUCUCAAAGGAAGCAUAUGGUACAAAAGGAGAGUUUUUUGCAAAAUCAGAUUGAAGAGCUAAAGAGCCAGAUGUCCAGGAUGUCGUCUGACAUGCGUACCCUGCUGGCAACAGAGAGGCAGCAUCACCAAGAACUGGAGCAGGCACAGCUUGAAAAGCUAGAAUUACUGGAGUUAGUGAAGACUCUCCAGGAAGACUGUCGGUUGACUAGGGAUGGAAGCAAGAAAGCAACACAUGUUCGACCUCUGACCCGACUGGAAAGCAUGAAGUGAAAGCCAUAGGUGGCUGUUAUUUAAGAUUGGAUUACUGCAGUCUGCUUUAUGCGGUGCUUACUUUUGCUGGAUCUGGCAACUGACAAUUAGUGCAGAAUGCUGCAGUCCACCUGCUGACAGCAAUGAGAUUCUGUCAGCAGAUAACACCUCCACUCAGAGAUCUGCACUGAUUGCAGGUUUGUUACCGAACCAACUUCAAGCUGUUAGCAUUAGUAUAUUAAGCCCUUAACAGUUAGAAACAGUUUACUUCAGGAAUUGCCUUACCCCAUAUAUUUCUAUUCAGUCAAUUCGAUUUGCAGCACUGGCACUAUUACAGGCGCACCACACUUGUAAAAAAAAGCUCUUUUUGUAUGGCAGCACCCACACUUGGAACUCCAUGACUAUUGACAUCAGGCAAGCACCUUCCCUGCACUUUUUCCAGUGUCUGCUAAAACAUUUUUGUUCAGGCAAGUUUUUCCAGACAUGAAGAAGUUAACAUUUUGGUCUGUUUUUAGCUUAGCUGUUUAUUUCAAUUAUUUUUGAGUUAUUAAAUUCCUGUCUUAUGGUUUUAUUAUUUUUUAGUUUUACUCUUAGGAAUAAUAAUAAAAAAAGAUCUAAAGGGGGGGUAGGGAGAGAACAAAGUUAUGUGUACUCAGGAGAAGAAACAAAAAAGCAGCAAACAGAAAAAUGAAGGAAUCUAAUGAAACUUGGCUUAAGCCAGGAGAGCCAAGGAGGAACGUACUGCUGCAUCAGGCAGGAAAAAAACCUGAGAGAAAUGAACCAACUUCCCACAAGCCUUUGCUCCUGCUUGUGUCAGCUGACAAGAGAUGGCCCAUACCAUUGGCUAUGGUGUCCUACGAAAUGAAUUGACCUAAUAAAACUAAUAUAACAUAUG